AGAGCCUGGGGCCACCCAGGUGCAGCCCAACUUCUGCCUCAUGUGAAGGGGAAGGGGGUUCAGCAAAAACUAGUUGUCCCCUCUGCAGGGGAAAAGGACCUCUUGGUCCCUGGUAACUGAGGAAAAGGCUAACUCUCAUAAUCACUGUCAACCCAAGUCUAAUAAAGGUUCACUAAAGAAAGUUGAGAGACUGAAGCAGGGGAGGGGUACUCCGUUGUUAUGGGACACAUGUAUGACAUGACUGGCAAUUAUGACCCGGUGCUGGCAUCCCACUUAUCUGAGUCGCUUGCUGUGCCCCACCAGUCUUUGUGGCUUACUGUAUCUUGGACCUGUCCUUGUCAUGUCUGGGCUUCCCCUGUGGGCCGCAUGCCUCCUUUUCACACGGAGGCUGUUGUGGCUGCUGCUCCAGGCAGCUCCAGCCCAGCCUGUAGCCCUGGACCCUGUCCUGCGGACCUACAUUGCCCCGGGGCCCACUGAGCCCUUGCCUUCGGAUCAGCAAACACCCCCCAUGAAUUCAUUCAUGGCUGAAGACUUCGAGUCUUUAUUACUAAAUUCAGAACCCUCAGCUCUUCCACCAGAGGUCCCUGAGGAAACAGAAGCAGUUCCAACCCCUCAGGAGUCCCCAGCUCAUCCACCAGAAGACCCUGAGGCUGGAGGACACUCUUCAACACAGGAGGACACCUCAGCUCAGUCUGCAGUGUCCCAUGAGUUGGAUCAAUCUGUGCAGGUUUCUGAUGGAUUGUUUAACCAGCAUCAAAUCUCCUCUGAAAAUGUUGACAUUUCAGGCGAGAAGAACUCAGCUCUGCCACAGCUGCCUAUUGCCGGUGUAGAACCUCCUUCAGUCCAGCCAAAGAGUCCAGCUGUACUGCCAAAAUCAUCUAUAAACCGUGAGGAGACAGUCUCACCUCUAGAUUCAAGUGAAACUCAGCGUCCAGUGUUGCCUUACCUGAACAUUACAAACGUGGAUGUUGGGGAUUUGAUAGCACCAAAGCACCCUACAAAGAGUAAACCACCUGAGACUGAGAAGGAGGCCUCAGCUGAAAAAUCUACCAAAAUGUUCAAACUUCCCAUCCAGCUGGGUGUCCCUCCAAAGGCACCUGAGACAACAGAAUUGUCUUUAUUCCAGCAGAAGACCCUGGAUCAGCCUGCUUCCAAGGGUAGUGCUAUACUACUGCAGCAGACUACAGCUCCUCCACAGCACCCUGAGGGGAAUUAUCUAAAUUCAGUACCAAUUCAUGGUGAGCAACCAACCUACACUGACGUCACAGUUCCACCUUUUAACCUGGAGCUCACCAUAACACCAGAAACUACUAUGGAGGCUAAAAAUUCUAUAGCCUUGACAAGCAUUGCGGCUCCUUCAAUGCACCCUCAGGUGACAUUUCCACAUCCAGAGGCUGUUCAGGCUCAGCAACCAAGUUUGACCGAUGUCACAGUGCGACCUUUGGAUCUGGAGCUCACCAUAACACAGGAAAAUACUGUGGAGGCUGAACAUCAUACAACCCUGAGGAAGACUACAUUUCCUCCAAAGCAGCCAGAGGUGACAUUUCCACAUCCAGAGCCUGUUCAAGCUCAGCAACCAACCUUCUCUAUCACAGUUGCACCUUUGGACCUGGAGCUCACUGUAACUCCAGAACCUACUGUGGAAGCUCAACAUCCUACACCCCUACAGCAAACUGCAGCUGCUCCAAGGCAUCUUCAAGUGACAUUUCCACAACCACAGCCUGUUCAGGCUCAGCCACACAUAUUCUCUGAUGUCAGACUUCCCCCUGUGGUGCUGCAGCUCACCAUAAGACGAGAAGCUGCUGAGGAGGCUGAACAUCACACAACCCUGAGGAGGACCACAGCUCCUCCAAAGCAGGCAAAGGUGACAUUUCCACAUCCAGAGCCUAGUCAUGCUCAGCAAACCACCUUCUCUGAGGUCAGAGUUGCACCUUGGAACCCGCAGCUCAUUGUAACUCCAGAACCUCCUGAGGAGGCUGAACACGCUAGAGCCCUGCAGCAGACAGCAGCUCCUCCCAAGCACCCUCUGGUGAUGUUUCCCGUUCAGGAUCAGCUGCCAACCCUAACGGAAGUCACAGGUCACCCAGCACAGCUGGAGUUCAUCAGAACGCAGCAACCAGAGACAUCUGAGUCAGGGGCCCCAGUGAGUGAACAGAAUGCCGUCAUGAACGUCUGCGAGCUCUGCACCUGCAGGAACGAGACGCUGUCGUGUACGGGUCUCAGCCCAAAGCACAGGCUCCACAGGGUGCCUGUGCUGUACCCCCAAAUCCACAAUGGCUCCUUCACCCUCUUAAAUUUCAAAGGAAACUCGAUUUCUUACAUCGACAGAGAUUCCUGGGAGUCAUACCGGUGGGUGGAGAAACUAAUCCUCAGUGAGAAUUACUUGACUGAAUUGCACAAGGAUUCAUUUGAAGGCCUGCUAUCCCUCCAGUACUUAGACUUAUCCUCCAAUAAAAUACAGCUUAUCGAAAGGAAUACAUUUGAAUCCAUGCCUUUUUUGCAACAGAUAAAUCUUCAUAACAAUCUAAUCGCUAACGUGAGAUUUGGAACGUUUCAGGCCUGGCAUGGAAUGCAGUUUUUACACAGGUUAAUUCUCAGUCACAAUCCACUGACCACUGUUGAGGAUUCGUAUCUUUUUAAAUUGCCAGCAUUAAGAUAUUUAGACAUGGGAGCAACGCAAGUGUCCCUCAUAACAGUUGAGAGCAUCCUCCUGAUGGCCCUUAAAUUGCGAAAACUGAUCCUACCCAGCCAUCUGGCCUGCUGCCUCUGCCAGUUCAAAAGCAGUAUCGAGGGUGUCAGCAAGACAGUCAAACUGCACUGUGACAGUGACUGUCUGACACACGCACAGUGUGAUGAAGAACUGUACUUAGGAAAGGCGGAAGGCUCUCUCAUGAAAGUUUUACAAGGCCGGGAGAAGCGCAACAGCCCUGAGCUGACCAUUGAGCCUGAGAGGGCAUCCCCAGGAGAAGAAAAGGGUGGCGGCUUAUCAGCCUUCAUGAACCUCCUGAUGAAGCUUCUCACUGCACAAGAGGAGGUGAAGGUCUCCAAGGCAGACUGGGACAUGGAUCACUGGGGAGAUGAGAGGACCGAGGCCCAGGGUGAAGAGGAAGAGCAGGAGUCACGUGAGUUCGGGGCACAAGUCCCAGGCUAUGGGUAUAAGAAGAAACUCGUCUUGGCAGCCCCUGUGAUUGCAGUAGCAUCAAUUUUCUUGGUCAUUUUCUGUCUCAUGGCCAUCUGUCAGAGAAGAACAGCAGAGGAAGGCAAAGAAGGAAGGGGCUUUUUCUCAAUUUUUGGACACAAGAGCCGCUCAGCAGAACACGAGAUGGAGGAGGGUGGUUUCCAGAGAAGGUGGCCGCUUUGGCUGUGGGAUAUGUAUUGGCCUCUCAACGCCACGCACAAGGGAAAUGUGGGACAGAGUGUACACCACAGUACGUCUGAUGAGGGUGACAUGGAGAAGGGUGAAGCCUCCACAACAACAGCCAAGGCUGCUACAUCAGAAUCGGCUGCUGAGGAGACGGCUGAAGAGAGUGAUGCCUGACACCGCCACCCUGUGAACCCCGUCCUCGGGGGACCUGCCAGUUGUAGCUGGGAAUGUUGUGUGAGCACUGCUGAUCAAAUACAUUGUAUUCUUCCAUUAAUCCGUGUCAUAAAUUCAUGACCAACUCUGGCCAUGAGGUAAAAAAUUAAAAUGUGAAUAGAUCAGUAUUUCUGCACAAAUAACUAAGGCUAUGGGGAAGGAAAGCAGGGCUGAAGGUGGAAUCCCUGGGGUAGCCAGUAAUUCUUCAGAGGGAGUGUGGUCAAACAUGGGUGAAUGUUACCAACCCCCCCAGAAGGGGUGCAGGGGGUGCUCCUGUUGCUGCCUACCUGGCAGAUCUCCAAAGUCAGAGUUAACUGAAACAGAAAGGAAUCUUUUACACAACAGCAAGUUUGUGCCUAAUUAUUGGGUAACCAAUGAGGGGAAGGAAAAAGAGUGUGACCUCAAAGAGCUACUUAAAUAUUUGUCAUACAACCACUAGGCUCAAGAACUGAAAAUAUGACAAGAGCAGAAGUUUGUUCACAGUGCACAUAAUCAUCACCAAGGGCUUUGUCAGUAAUGGCACUGGAACUCAAAGCCUGUUCCCUCUAAGAUACCCCACCCCCCACAUCAGCCUGUCACCCUCUGCCAGCUCAGUUCAGGUUGCACCAGGAACCUCUUCUCCCACCCAAAAGUCACAUAGACGUAGGUGACUUAGCCGGUGUCCAGUCACUGUCCAGCUUCAGGCAUGUCUUGCAGUUGAUGCCCUGGGCCCCUGCUCACUGGCCUGCACAGGGCUCCAUUGGCAUGCCAGCUGCUGACCACUGACACGCCCCACCAGGGGAGGGGAAAGAAACAACCACAUUUAGCUUCCAAGCUCACUCAGUUUCUAACGAUCUGGCCCAGAAUCCCAUGUAUGCCCAAAGCCUGUGGGAAUGUCCAGCCUCCCACCCAUCACAGCCAGUGUCAGCCAUGUCUGCCUUUGCCCCUCUUCCUCCUGCCACAGUACGCAAGCGGGCAACGUCUGCAGUCACACAGGCUCAGCUCAGACCCUU